AUAAAAAAGAAAAGAGAAAAGUGAAAAGAGAAAAAAGAAAAAGAAAACAAGGUCAGAGCUUGUGCAGAUGCGGUGGGGUCAGAUCUGAGUCGGUUGCAGCCACAGUUGGCAUAUAGAAAGCGAACGUUGAAAACUAAACAAGCAAAGCUCUUCAAUUUCAGAGAGAGACGGAACACUUGCUCAGCCCCAUACAUAGUAACAUAGGGAAGCUGAGAAAACUAAGAUUUUUCCCACCUUUUUUUUUACAGAGAUUUCUUUUGCAAACAAGGAGAAAAAGUUCAACUUCAAAGCAUUAAAAACAUCUUAGAUUCUUACGUCUCAGAAUACCACUCUAAACUCACAGGAACUCUGUGAGUGAAUUAUGUUGGUUUAUUAAUGGGCUGCUAUUGGUCAAAGAAAGCUAAAACCCCUGGCUAUGAGGACCCUGCAGUUCUUGCUGCUGAAACACCCUUUACAGUGAAUGAAGUAGAAGCCUUGUAUGAGCUUUUUAAGAAACUGAGCAGUUCAAUAUUUGAUGAUGGGCUUAUCCACAAGGAAGAAUUUCAGCUUGCACUCUUCAAAAACAAAGAUAAGAGGAAUCUUUUUGCUGACAGGAUUUUUGACUUAUUUGAUGUCAAGCGCAAUGGUGUUAUUGAGUUUGGAGAAUUUGUUCGAUCAUUGGGUGUCUUUCACCCUAAUGCACCUGUAGAAGACAAAACUGAAUUUGCAUUUAGACUCUAUGAUCUGAGACAAACAGGGUACAUUGAGCGAGAGGAGUUGAAGGAGAUGGUGCUGGCACUUUUGCAUGAAUCAGAACUUGUACUCUCGGAUGAUGUGAUCGAAGUGAUUGUGGAUAAGACAUAUAGUGAAGCAGAUAAGAAAGGGGAUGGACGUAUUGAUCAAGAAGAGUGGAGGGAAUUUGUAUUGAAGCAUCCAUCUUUGAUAAAGAAUAUGACUCUACCAUAUUUAAAGGAUAUAACAUUAGCUUUUCCUAGCUUUGUGAUGAGCUCUGAAGUUGAAGAUUCAGAAAUAUGAGAGGAUUACAUCAAGAGGUUAUUAAAAAUUUCAUGUGCCAAGAUGGUGAUUAUUUUGAAUACGUUUCAAUGAAGCCAUGAAAAAUGAUAUUCAUGGUGACACUUGAGGUAACACCAGUUUAAGACGAAGCCAUGAAGCACAGAACAAAUAAAGUCAUCAGAAUCUCAACUGGUUCUUCAAAUCUAGGGUUGGCACAGAUAAGUGUAUAUUUGCGUCCGUAUGUGUGCAUAUCAAGUUGUCAUUUGAAUCCCUUUUUCUUUUUCUUUCUUCUCCUUUUGUAAUGCUUCUCCAACAUCAGAAAUUCUGUGAUAAGAUUUUCCAUAGGGUUUAUACAUAUGCAAGUCAAUCAUUUUAUA